CAAAUAUCCAUACAUGCCGCAAAAGCCUUAUUAACCGUCGUUAGAAGACCUACUGAUUGGCCAAGAUGUUUCAAUCUACGUAUGCACACGCUUUCAAUCUUGAAGCUCCAGAAACGUGGCUUCGUGGUGGGAGCAUUUUGUACAAGUACAUCAUCAAUGCAGACCUACACAGCACUGGUCUCUAUUGAAGCAUUGAGUCUGUUCCUCCUUCUGUAGCGUAUAGUCCGCAUGCUCUGACGUCUACUUCUAAAAGAGAGCCUCUUGAAUGCCACAUAGACACAAAUAGAUCACAUCCACAAGAUGCCACUCUCCAACUCUCCCAUCCAGUCCUUACCACGCACUCUUCUCUCCCUCCUCGCCCUCAAUCUUCUCUCCUCACCAGCACAUGCCGGCUUCAUCCUCUACGGCCAUAGCACCGCCAUCCCCAACAUCCUGACCCUCCCCGUCGCCCAAACAUGUCCCGUGAGCGUUGACGGCCUGACGUCCACCAACUUCCCCUGGACACACAACCCGACCUGCAUAGGACAGUACUGCGUAUACAGCAGCUCACGCUUCGCCAACGACCGCGGCAUAAGCCUCAUCGCCACACCGGAGCUCGCAACAUCCUACCUCCUUGAAUCCUUCUCCCACGACGACCAAUCCGACGACCUCCACGGCGACACCACCCCCGACUACGUCGCCGACGACACACCGGACAAGGGCAUCGGACUCUUCGCGCGGCGCGCAAUCCCCGCAGGGAAAACCAUCAUGGUCAAGCAUCCCGUCAUCCUGCUCCCGAAAGAGCUCGCCGACGGCGACAGAGACGUCACGGAGCAGCGGGCGCGGCUGCUCGAGAUCGCGAUCAGGCAGCUUCCGAGGAAGACGACGGAGAUGCUGAAGGGGCUUUCGACGAACAUGGGGGGUUUGCGGCUGGACGAUUUGGUGAGGACGAAUGCGAUGGGCGUGGUGUUGGGGAAUGGGGGUGGGGAGGGGACGGGGUAUCUGGGUGUUGUGCCUGAGGCGGCGAGGAUUAAUCAUGCGUGUCGGCCUAAGUGAGUUUCUCCUUAUUCUUCUUUGUUUGAUCUCGUGUUGGUUUAUGAUGGUUUGUUGUCUUGCCUCGACACCAGUUGGAAAUCAAAACCACGAAGAAGAGCCCAAACUAACAAAGUGAGCAACACAGCGCAUACUACCGCUUCAACGACUACACCCUCACCCUCUCCGUCUUCACCCUCCGCCCCAUUUCCCCCUCGGAAGAACUAACCUUCAC